ACCUCCAGCUAUGCAGCAACUGCCUCAGGAACAAGUAGUCAAUAUAACGACAUAUUCUACACCAACAUAUCCAGUUGCUCAACCAAUACAGCAAACUGAGAAAUGGUGGAAAGGGAACAAUAAAUAUAAGCCACAAUUGAAUUCAAUCGGACCAGCUUCUUUAAUUUUUAUAUCGGGCGGUAUAAAUAUGGCAUGGAAACUUGGCCUUUCCACAACAUUCAAUACAGAAUUUAUGAUAACAGAGAGGAUGGUUUCAAGUUGGUUUGAGGGCGCCGUUUUUAGUGCUAUUGGUGGUGCUUUUUUCAGCAAAUACUUUCCAAAGAAACUUUUAAUGUGGAUGUCUUCUAUACUGGUUGUUAUUGGUGGUAUACUACAGGUGUCUGAUCCAAAUACAUAUGAUAUAAUACUGGCUUCACGUUACCUAAAUGGCAUAGCUGUGGGUUUUAUAUUCCCCAUGACAUUUGUUAUGAUUGGCGAAGAGGUUGUCAAGCCCCUGCGUGGUUUAAACUCAAGCGUCGUAGAUACAAUGUCCUUUAGUUGUGGAAUAUUUAUACAGAUUUUAUACUCCGUUUUGUGGACCAGUGAAGCUGAGAAUGUUUUUAAAGCAAUUCAAAUGGGUGGACUUCUUAAUAUAAUCUGUGGUAUUAUAGCUUUCAUUAUGACAACUAUAUAUAUGGUGGAAUCACCAAUCUUCUAUUUGGUUCGUGGAGAUGAACAGAUGGCCCUCGAUUCGUUAAUUCGCUUGCAAAGACCUCAUGACUUAAAUGCUGAAACUUGCGAAGAACUAGAGGAGCACAAACAUUAUGUGGCGCAGAGUAACGAAAGAACUUUUAAGGAAAAUGCCUUCUACGCUAUACCGGCAUUGCUAAAACUUUGUUUCUAUCGCUCCUUUGCGGUUCUUGGGUUUUCAUACUUUGUAAAUUUUGCCUUUUCAUAUUCAUCACUAGUUACUACACAAUUACAAAUAUACCCAUAUAUUUUGUAUGCCCUUGCCAGGUUAUUGGGACCCAUAAUUGCAUCAUUUACACUAGAUUCUAAAGGUCGCAAACCAUCCAUGAUUAUCGGUUUCUUUAUUUGCACUAUUUUGGCUUUUACUGUUGGUGGUAUUUUUGAUAAUAAGCAAAAUUUUAUUGAUUUUGAUUACAUGACCAUUGUUAAAUAUUUUCUGAUCUGCUUUCAACUAUUCUCAUCAAUGUCAAUGGCAUCUUCUUCGGCUUAUUUGUGCGAAGCAUUUCCUUUGCCAGUCAAACGACACUAUAUAGCCAUUGUUUUCAUCGUUGAAAUGAUGGUUCACAUUAUAAUUAACACUUUCAAGAAUACGUUUUUACCCUACAAUGUUAACCGUAUCUCUGAUUAUUUUCUAUCAUUGGGUGGUCUGUCGUUAGUGUUCUUAGGCGUGGCAAUAUUUGCUAUGCCAGAAACUAAAUGGUGUUCUUUGCGUGAAUGUCUACCAAAGUUUAGACAAUUGUAUAACUUUCGUAAAUAAUGUAUUGUAGUGACAAACGAAUAAUUCAAUAGCAUUAAUUGUACUUUUUUAAAACAUUGUAAAUAUGUAAAUUAAAUUAAUUAUUUGU